UAGUUUUCACAGUUGACAUAAUUACUGAAUAGGUACAUUCAAAUAUCACAAUAAUUUCCGUGCGAUUCCCUUACGUAUCAAUCUAAGAUAAUUUGCGCCGGAGCAGCAUUUAUACUUUAUAAAUUCGGACCGACAUUCGGCGAAGCAAAGUAUAACUUUAAAGUUGCCCAUCCAAUUUUAAAAUGGCAUCACCAAUCAAAGUGCUUGUGACAGGAGCCGCAGGACAGAUUGCGUAUUCUCUUCUGUACCAAAUUGCAUCUGGUUCAGUCUUUGGCCCUGACCAACCAGUAGUACUGCAUCUCCUUGAUAUUGCUCCAAUGAUGGGAGUCCUUGAAGGUGUUGUGAUGGAACUGGCAGAUUGUGCAUUACCUUUACUCGCAGGAGUCUUGCCAACUGCCAACCCAGAAGAAGCAUUUAAAGAUGUGGCUGCACCCUUUCUAGUUGGAGCUAUGCCAAGAAGAAAAGGAAUGGAGAGGAAAGACCUAUUAUCAGCCAAUGUUCGUAUUUUCAAAGAACAAGGACAAGCUUUAGAUAAAGUUGCCCGUAAAGAUGUAAAAGUUCUCGUUGUUGGUAACCCAGCCAAUACAAAUGCCCUUAUUUGCUCCAAAUAUGCUCCAUCCAUCCCCAAAGAAAACUUCACUGCUAUGACUCGUCUUGACCAAAAUAGAGUUCAAGCUCAGUUGGCAGCUAAAUUGGGUGUACCUGUUCAAGAUGUAAAAAAUGUAAUUAUUUGGGGAAACCACUCAUCAACUCAAUUCCCAGAUCCCUCCAAUGCUCUGGUCAAAAUUGGAGGUGUAGAGAAACCAGUUCCUGCAGCUAUUAACGAUGAUGAGUUUUUAAAGUCAACAUUCCGUAUCAAACCUUCAAGCACGCCGUACUACUUAUUACAUCUAAUAUUGUAUUUAAUAAUGUGUCAGAGUUUCUAA